AGUUCAGUCAGCGGUGGCCGCUCACAGCAGGAAUGACCACAUAAUGCUCUUCAAGUUACAAAAAUUAUUUUGAUCUUCAGAGAGCUCAACUGCUUCUAGUGUCUACUUUUCCGUCAGCUUUUGCCUUUGGAGCUUUAUCCCGUCUCUGUCUGUGCAAGAUGUCUGUGCGAACUCUGCCGCUGGUUUUUAUCAACCUGGGUGGAGAAAUGCUUUACAUACUGGACCAACGGCUGCGAGCUCAAAACACGUCCGUGGACCAUUCUGAGAAAGGAGUGUGGUCAGAAAACGACAGGAAAAGAGUUAUGAACGACAUAGUUGGGAUGAUGUUCAGUAAAGCGUUCAUGGAUGAGCUCCUCAAACCUCAGCAGCUGUAUUCUCACAGGGCCAUGAAAACCGUACUAACGCGGUUAGCGCACACCUCCAUCAUGAGGUUGAACCCGGCCAGCAUGGAAAGGCUUUAUGAGCUGAUGAUCAUGGCUUUCAAAUAUCAAGUCCUCCUCUGUCCACGGCCGAAAGACCUGCUGCUCAUCUCCUACAAUCACAUUGACGUCAUCAGGGCACUUGUACGAGACACUCCUGUGAUUGUGAACCUGGUGGAUGAGACUCACAGGAAGUUAAUUGAGGUAUACUCAGCUUUAUCAGAGGGAGAAUUCCAACUUCUCAGACAAACACUGCUCAUAUUUUUUCAAGACAUGAACAUCCGUGUGUCACUUUUCCUGAAGAAUCAAAUCCAGAAUCCAAACGGACGUUUUGUCCUGCCAACCUCGGGCCCAGUGCCUCGUGGGAUUGACGUUCCAGGGCUCAUUAGGGUAUUUAACGCCAAGGGCAGAGAAGUGAGUCGACGUGAGUUUCCCACUGGACACAGCUACAGCAGCGCCAUCAGGGAAGGGUCAUUUGAGCUGCACGGAGACCGAGUCACCAGACUGGGCUUGAACAUGUACACUGUGGACCAUCCAGAGGAGACACAAACGUCGAGGACAGCCAUUUUUAAGCCUGAUGGCGCUCCCAACCUGCUGGCCAAGGAAGAGCUGAACCUGCUGGCUCGCCUCAUGGGCAGCAUGGAGGGCCAGAACAGCCCCAAAGGAGAAGCGGGCUUUCGGAUAAACCUGUUCGCCACGGACCAGGAGGAGGAGGAGGCGGAAACUUCAGGUGGAGCUCAGGAGUCCUGGUUGAUCAACAUUCAAGCGAUGCAGGACGAACAGGCGGCCUCUGAACUCGCUCGAAUCGCUGGACAGUUUGCAGAAGAUGAGCAGAAACCUGAAAAUCGUAGCAAAGGAGACGACCUGCUGGCCCUGAUGGACGACCUCUGACUGUUGGUGAAGUUUUCGAUCACACCAUGAGAUUUAUCAAUCAAUUUACGGCCUGGAAAUGACUACAAACUCACCUCAUACUAUUAUCUCUGACUCUGAGAGAAUAUUAAAUCUAAAAAUAUACAAUCCCUUGUAAAAUCAGCGCUCUUGCUGAUCUCAAAGACUUUCAAU